AUGAUCCGCUUCCCCACAUCCAGUGCCGUUUUCCUCCGCGUCGAACAGCUAGCUACGAAGCCGGUCCUGCUGCUCCUUGUUUUCCAGUUUCCGAUUGCGACUCUGAUAUUCACGGGGUUCCUGUUCUCGGUGAUCAAUCAUGUGGCCGUGAGACUUGACACGGCCCAGCAAAGUGGUGCUAGAAUGGUCAUACCGUCCAUUGCAUUCACGGCUGACCAUGAUUUCCCGGAUGCGGCAUACAACUUCGUGCUUGUUGGGCCCUCGGUGGGCGUGGGUAUAGUGGCGCCAAGUACGGCCCUGGCACUACGCGGUCUUACAAAUUCGGAAAACCACGACGUGAUCAAUGGCUACCUCGUCAUGGCUCGGUCGUUGGGCGCCUUCAUGGCUACUCCGAUAAGUACAACGACUGUACAAAAUGUCUUCUCUUCGGCACUAACACCUUUAAUUGAUCAGCACGAGGAUGUGGCCGAGCGGGUGAAGGCGGUCUGUGAAAACUUGGCCUUGUUGAGGACACUAGAGGAUGUGACAUUGCAGACACUGAGCUAA